GCUCCUUUUAAUGGCGCGGCUGGCGGGCUCCCAGGCAGCCCGGCGCAGCGGAGGAGCCGAGCCGGCAUGUCGGGGACCCGCGCCUCCAACGACCGGCCCCUCGGCACGGGCGGCGUCAAGCGGGGGCGGCUGCAGCAGGAGGCGGCGGCGAACGGCUCCCGGGUGACCGUGGUGCUGGGCGCACAGUGGGGAGACGAGGGCAAAGGCAAGGUGGUGGACCUGCUGGCCACGGACGCCGACAUCAUCAGCCGCUGCCAGGGGGGCAACAACGCUGGCCAUACAGUGGUGGUGGACGGCCAGGAGUAUGACUUCCACCUGCUGCCCAGUGGCAUCAUUAACAGCAAGGCCGUGUCCUUCAUCGGCAAUGGGGUGGUUGUCCACUUACCGGGCUUGUUUGAAGAAGCAGAAAAGAAUGAGAAGAAAGGUCUGAAGGGCUGGGAGAAGAGGCUUGUCAUCUCCGACCGCGCCCACCUCGUGUUUGAUUUCCACCAGGCAGUGGACGGGCUGCAGGAGGUACAGCGACAAGUCCAGGAGGGGAAGAGUAUUGGCACCACCAGGAAGGGAAUCGGGCCAGCCUACUCUUCCAAAGCAGCCCGUACGGGCCUCCGCAUCUGCGACCUCCUGUCGGACUUUGACGAAUUUUCUGCCAGAUUCAAGAACCUGGCCCACCAGCACCAGUCCAUGUUCCCCACUUUGGAAAUAGACAUUGAAGGGCAACUCAAAAGGCUCAAGGGCUUCGCCGAGCGGGUCCGACCCAUGGUCCGAGAUGGCGUGUACUUCAUGUACGAGGCGCUCCACGGCCCCCCGAGGAAGGUCCUCGUGGAGGGCGCCAACGCCGCCCUCCUCGACAUCGACUUCGGGACCUACCCCUUUGUGACAUCAUCCAACUGCACUGUGGGCGGGGUGUGCACUGGCCUAGGCAUCCCCCCCCAGAACAUAGGCGAGGUCUACGGCGUGGUGAAGGCCUACACCACACGCGUGGGCAUCGGCGCCUUCCCCACCGAGCAGAUCAAUGAAAUCGGCAACCUGCUGCAGAGCCGCGGCCACGAGUGGGGUGUGACCACAGGCAGGAAGAGGCGCUGUGGCUGGCUGGACCUGGUGAUUCUGAGAUACGCUCACAUGGUCAAUGGAUUUACCGCGCUGGCCUUGACCAAACUGGACAUCUUGGAUGCCCUGGACGAGAUUAAAGUUGGCGUCUCCUACAAGCUGAAUGGGAAAAGGAUCCCCUAUUUCCCAGCAAACCAAGAGAUACUUCAGAAGGUCGAAGUCGAAUACGAAACGUUGCCUGGGUGGAAAGCAGACACUACGAGUGCCAGGAAGUGGGAGGACCUCCCCGCACAGGCCCAGAGCUACAUCCGCUUUGUGGAGAAUCACAUUGGAGUGCCAGUGAAGUGGGUUGGCGUUGGCAAAUCAAGAGAUUCGAUGANC